CUUUUCCAGCUCUUGUCAUGUCUUUUCAAGUGCACAGUGAAUUCUCUCACUUUAUUUACAAGUGCAGGGGCUGCAUUGUUCACAUACUAUCCUAUGUACCUAAUGUAUAUUUGGAAGAUUAAAAGUAGCAUCCACUAUAGGGCAAACAUAUAUACUAACGGACUGUCCUGCUCUUAACAGUACCAGACACUGCUUUUACUCAGACAAUACGUAUUCAAAAGUCUUCCAAAAUGUCGCAGCAGGAGAAAUCCUGGCGUUUUUAUCAAAUAUUCAAGUGAAGGACCUCAUGUAGAUGCUGUUGUUGACUCUGCUGAAAUGUAAGAUUUUAUUGUUGUAAUUCUCUAAGAAUGACUGGAAUGCCUUUCUUUACCUACCUUGAUCUUGCCAUGAAAAUAGCCACUGAUGCUGGCAUGGCAUUAAAAGAACAAUAAAUAAAUAAAUCCACUAGAUGGCACACCAGAGCUAAAACCUCAGUCUGUCAUAUUUCUAUGUAAACCUGUAAAAUGUUCAGUGAGUUUCCAUAUUUGUCUCUGUGCAGCAACUUAGAGAUUUUAAACCCAUGGAUGAGUUCUGUUUCAAAUAGGAACCUAUGAGAUUUAUUUAUAUAAAAAAUAAAAAUUGUAAAAAAAAAUCUAAUUUUCAGUAUAAUUUUUAAAAUUAAAUUAGUUAUUUUUGUAGACAUUAAAUAAGUUAUCAUUUUAAAAAAAAGUGAAAAAAAAAAUGCAACACUAGUGCCACUAAUAUAUAUCUCUCCCGUUGAAGUGUCUUUGAGAAUCAUGAUAUACUUUUGUCAUAUUGCUCUCCCUAGUGCUGAAUGAAGACAGGAUAUGUGUGGAAAGCAUGUGGUCACCCAACUCUGGUAAAAGCCCUGUCUAAGGUGUACAGUAAGGUGCAUAACCGUCAAAUUGACCCUUUCAAAGAGAUCCUGGUGACUGUGGGAGGUUACGGCUCUUUAUUCAGUAUGUUUCAGGCCCUUGUGGAAGAGGGAGACGAGGUUAUAAUAAUUGAACCCUUCUAUGACUGCUAUGUUCCUAUGGUUAAGAUGACAGGAGCCAGACCGGUUUUAAUACCACUUCGCCUUAAAUCCAGUAAGAAGGCAGACAUCAGCAGUGCAGACUGGGUUCUGGAUCAGGACGAACUUGCCAGUAAAUUUAAUUCCAAAACAAAAGCCAUCAUUAUUAACAAUCCUAAUAACCCCAUCGGGAAGGUGUUCAGCAGGAGCGAGCUGCAGGCUAUCGCAGAUCUCUGCAUCAAGCACGACACAUUGUGCUUCAGCGAUGAGGUGUAUGAAUGGAUCAUAUACAAGGGGCAUGAGCAUGUGAGGAUAGCGACUCUUCCUGGCAUGUGGGACCGAACCAUUACCAUUGGUAGUGCGGGAAAAACAUUCAGUGUGACCGGUUGGAAGCUGGGUUGGUCCAUAGGACCUGAGCACUUGGUCAAACACCUCCAAACUGUCAUGCAGAACACACUGUACACCUGUGCAACACCACUACAGGAGGCAGUUGCACAUGGACUUCUGCUGGACUGUGAACGAAUGGGGCAGCCUGACUGCUAUUUCUCUUCCCUAGCUGAAGAGUUGGAGGGAAAGAGAGACCAUCUUGCAGCCAUUUUGAAGCAGGCAGGGAUGUGUCCUGUAGUACCUGAAGGAGGUUACUUUAUGCUCGCCGAUGUCACAGCUCUCGAUCAGGAUGUUUCAGACGUGGAAGGUGAUGAGCCGUAUGACUACAAGUUUGUCAAGUGGAUGAUAAAGGAGAAAAAAUUGGCAGCCAUUCCUGUAACAGCGUUCUGCGGGGACGAAUCCAAGAAGCAGUUUGAGAAAUACAUCCGGCUGUGUUUCAUUAAGCAAGACAGUACACUGGAUGCUGCUGAGGUUAUUCUGAAGAACUGGAACAAUGCUUGACAGAUGUUACAGCAACACUGCAUUAGCCUUCAUAUCUCAGCGCUGUAGGGGAGGGCCACAUUCCCUUUGAUGAACUUGUACAGUUGACUGGGUAGAGAAAUGUUUUUAGUGCCACUGAAGUCAAUUACAGACAAUUACAACUGACCUUAUGUUAUGUGAUUGUGGACUACCUUUUACUGUUUAAAUGUUUGGUUUGAGUACUGAAUACAAUGUGAUCUAAUUAAAGGUUCUUCUAUUGGA